GGUAUAUAAGUACCACAUUCCCUAGUGUACCAAAAAUAGUCCAAUAUUUUCCACACUCUUAUAACUCAAAAAAACACUUGUACAUCAAACCAAAGUGAAAAUAUUACAAGAAAAAUAAACUAAAAGCUAAGGCUUUGCUAUUGUAACAUACAACAACAUGGGAGAGGAGUUCCAAGGUGGAGUUUGCGGCGGCACAUGGUGGAAUCCGCCCCAUAAUUUAUUCUCCGGUGGGUUAUCAUCACCGUGUUCGGUUUCUCAGCUUAGUGGUGGUGGUGGUGGCGGUGGCAGCUUUGACAUGGGUGGCUUUGGGUGGUCCAAUGAAGUAGUUGUAAAGGGCAAUAUCAAGUCUAACAAUAACAAUAAUUAUAAUAAUAAUAAUAAUUCAGUUUUUGAUAACUUGGUUUUUCCUGAUCAAAUGGAUUCUUCCCUUGAUAUUUUAGGCUUUGGCCUUUCACCUACUUGUUCAACCACAGAUUGGAAUCAUCAUAAUCUUCUUUGUAACAAUGGAAGCAACAACGAGGCUAACUUUGAUUCAAUGUUACAAGAUAGUUUGAAUAAUAAUGAUUCAAUAAGAUUAUGUUCUUAUGAAAUGGGAGGAACAACAACUUCACCAAAUAUUAUUAUGAAUUCAUGCAACUUUUCUACUCAAGAUGCAUCACCACCGUUGGCUAGCAAUAGCUCCGGUGAUUCGAGUACUAUCACCACCUGCGACGGUGGCGGCCUUGCCACGAGCUUUCCGAUGAACUCCUCCGCUUCAUACUUAAUCCAAUCCUUGUUUGAUGAUUGUGAUGAAUCUCAUCAAGUACUUCAACAACAAGAACAACCCAUCAAUAUGCCUCAUCAUCAAUUUAUCAACAACUCAUCUAACAACAACAACAACAACUAUGGUUGUUCUUUGGAUUCGAGUAACGAAGUUAUAUCGUCUAAUUCUUGGGUUAAAACUAGUCCUAUACCUUUGUUACAAAGUAAUAAGCUUGAUGGAGGGAUUAGUGCGUUGAUUAAUGAUCAUGGACAAGUGUUUAGUGGCCAAUACUCUCCAACAACCCUUAAUAGCAUCCGUGCUAGCUUGUUGAAUUCUUUGCAAUCGAGAUCUCGAGCCCCUUCUUCUUCUACUAGCCUUGCUAACAAGGUUAAUAGUGAAGAACACCACCGUGAUUCAAAGAAAAACACUAGUAACAAUGAUCAACCACCAACUAAGAGGCUGCGGAUUGAGACUCCUUCUCCCUUGCCAACGUUUAAGGUCCGUAAAGAGAAGCUAGGAGAUAGGAUAACUGCCCUUCAACAACUAGUUUCGCCUUUUGGGAAGACUGAUACAGCAUCGGUUUUACACGAAGCGAUCGAGUACAUCAAGUUUCUCCAUGAUCAAGUUCAUGUAUUAAGCACUCCAUAUUUGAAAAGUGAAACUGCUAUGCAACAACAACAGGAAAGUGACAAACUAAAGGAUGAUGAAGAAUCUAAACAAGAUUUAAGAACUAGAGGGCUAUGUCUUGUGCCUAUAUCAAGCACCUACCCGGUCGCCCAAGAGACCCCAGUUGAUUUUUGGACACCUACAUUUGGAGGAACGACAACAACAUUCAUGUAGCUUAUAGUAGUAUAUAGGUGAUGAUAAUGGAACUUGAUCGAUACCCUUUUCAACCACAAUUGUUAAAAACAAAGUAAUUAGUACUGUUGUCUAUAUGAAUAUUAUAGUUACUACCUCCGUUCAGAAUCAGUUGUCAUACCGACGUACAAUUAAUUCCGGACGGAGGGAGUAUGAUAAAAUAAGAGUUAGGAUGGAAUGGUAUGGUAUGCAAGGUGCCACAUUUUGCUUUAGGGUGAACAAUUGUUGGAUCAAAGCAAGAGGUAAAGUGGGGAAAAAGGAGAGAAAAAAAUAGGAUGAAAAGGGGAAAGAAAGGAAGGGACCCUUUGAAAAGAUACAUAUGACAGGCAAAUGUUUGGUCCACUAUUACAGGAAUAAUGAUGUUUGUAGGACAUACCUAAAUAGUUAGGGACAAAUGUGGUUGUUUUUUUUAAAAAAAAAAAAAAAAAUUAAUUUUGAUUUUGAUUUUUAAUGUUUGAUUAAUUAAUUGAAGUACUUUGGUUGUAAUAAUAGAAGGGUUAGGAGCAGGAACAAGUGCUAAAUUUAGCUGGAACUUUUUUAGACCUUUAAAUUAGUUUUUUUAGGGUAGAAAGAUUAUUGUAAAGAUUUGGCUUAAGUUAGCAUAAUAUGUUCCUGCUUCUUGUUUAUGUAAAAGGAAUAUUUUGCAAUACUUGCAUCAACCACCCCUUUUUCUAUUGCAAAUUUGGAAAGAAAUGAAGUAAAUUAAUUUAUUUUGA